AUGGAUGCAAUUGCUUCUUUGAAUUCAAUAUGCAAUAAGAUUGGCGUUAGUAUGAUCAAAUCGGGAGGCAAUGCUGCAAAUGCUAUAAGCAUGGCUUCCACAGGCUUAGGUGGAGGUGGGAUUGCUCUGAUCAAAAGCUCGGAUGGAUCUUACGAGAACGUAGACUUCCGGGAAACUACACUUGCCGCAGCUUUCGAAAACAUGUACAAUAGCAAUUACAACAUGUCGCUAUUUGGUAGCCUUGCCAAUGGGAUUCCCAAAGAGCUACGAGAGCUUGAAUACAUACAUCAACGAUAUUCUAGACUAUCUUGGCAAGAGCUCAUUGCGCCAUCCAUUAAUCUAGCACGGCGUGGCUUUCCAGUCAACCAAGACCUAGUAAAUAUGAUGAAAGAAAUCAGCGACCCCAAGUUCUUACUAGAAGAUCAAGGAUGGUCUGUUGACUUUGCUCCAAAUAGUACUUUACUGGGAGUUGGGAACACAAUCACCAGAAAGCGACUUGCCAAUCUACUAGAGAGAAUCUCCAAAGAAGGAGCGGAUGCCUUCUACGCCGGCGAAGUUGCAAAGGCCACAAUUGCAGCUCUCCAGGCAGCUAAUGGUACUAUGACUAUGAAGGACCUUAAAGACUAUUCGGUUGUAUCACAGCCAACAUUGGCUAUUACAUAUCGAGACUACAAAAUUAUCUCAUCGGGGGCACCAACAAGUGGCUCGAUAGUGCUUAGUGUUAUGAAGACCAUCGAAGGCUAUGGUUCCAUGGCGAAUUUGGAAUUUCUAGAACUUAGCACCCAUCGCUUUGUUGAAGCUAUGAGAUUCGGCUAUGGCUUGAGAACACAGCUAGGUGAUCCAUUGUUCAUGGAUAACAUUACCAUGUUCGAAAAGAGCAUAAUCACCAAGCUCAUGGCAUCCAGAACCCGGUCAAAAAUCUCAGAUGCUACCUCACAACCCAUUUCGUCGUAUGAUCCACUUGGUAUUGAAAGUUUAGAGACUCAUGGCACCUCCCAUAUAGUUGCAGCCGAUGCUUCAGGAAUGGCCAUCUCUCUCACAAGCUCAAUAAAUGUAUUAUUUGGGUCAAGGCUUAUUGUUCCAGAGACUGGCCUUAUUUUGAACAACGAAAUGAACGACUUUUCGGUUCCGGGUUUCAGACGUAAACGUCCACAAUUAUCCAUGUCUCUUGUAAUUGUGGAAACUUCCGAAGGCUCGUUCUACUUUGCACUGGGUGGUGUUAGUGGCUCCUACAUAAUUACUGCUGUUCUACAAUGUCUCUGGAACGUGCUAGAUCGCAAUAUGUCGCUAUCUCAGGCUUUAGAGGAGCCUCGUUUCCAUGAUCAACUCAUACUAAACAUUAUAAACUUCGAACAUUCUUAUAAUAACGAUACAACGAUGUCCACGGCUCAAAGACUCCAUCAUAUAGGCUAG